UCGAUAAGAAAUUGUGAUUGUGAUGGUGUUGAAAUAUUUUUAUAAAUUUAAUAAUGUUACAAUGAAUAUUUUUUACGAUCAUAUCGCGGAGAUAGUCGAAAUUACAAAGCAAUUGUUGAAUUCUUGACCAGGAACUGGGACAAAAAUGAGUUGAAAAAAUGAAGAAAAUUUAUAACCCCACAGAUAUUCAACAAAAACAGGGCGAAGAGCUCUCAAAAAAACUUUAUCGGACUAUAAGUGAUCAAGCUAAACGCUUAGAUGAUGCCAGAAGCUGUGUCCGAUCUAUCGGAGACUUGUUUAACCCUGGCUUGCAAGCCCAACGUCGAAAAUUUUGCGAGUAUUGUGAACGGCUGAUAUUUUCCGAUCCCGUUUUAUAUGGUCGCAAAACUGAAGAACUGCUUUGGAGAAAGACCUUUUACGAUGUAAUUUCAACUGCUAAAAAAUUGAAGAAAAAGGACUAUACAAAAGAGGAAAUUUCUAAUAUUCAAGCAUAUAUUAAUUCAGGAGUGGGAUUUUAUCAUCACAUAAUUUCAAAACUUCAGUGUCAGUUUAACAUUAAACUGAAAAACAUAGUUGACUUUGAGAUCAUUUUUGAUUGCGACAAUGAAUUUGCUGAGGGUGAUUCAAAAUCUGUUGAGUGGGCCAAGCAAUCUGUUCAUCAGUGCUUGAUAUAUUUAGGAGAUCUUUCAAGAUACAAGAUAGAAAUAUAUCCAAAUUGGGAGCACACAAUAGCCACGAGAUACUAUUUGCAAGCCGUGUCUUACAAGCCAGAAUAUGGAAUGCCCCAUAAUCAAAUGGGAACUUUGGCCAUGAGUCAGAACAAUUUUCUGGGAGCUACUUAUUACUAUAUGCGGUGUCUUGCUUGCAAAUUUCCAUUUGAAGGCACAAGCAACAAUUUGCUUAGUUUGUUUGAAAAAAAUGCUAAAUUUAUUGAACAGUUUCCAACUGUUGAUAAAGAGGCAGAUUGUAUAGUGGAGCUAGGCAAAUCAGAGACCAUCAAGCAAUUUCUCGCAAGAUUUCUGCUUCUGAUUGAUAUAUGGUACUAUAACAAGAAAGUUACCAAGGUCUACAGUCUUUGCCACCAAACCUAUAAAAAUCUAGAGGAGUGUUUGACUUUUAGCAAACCAGUUGCCAGUGAAUCAGGAGAAAAUCAAUCAGAUGUAGAUUCCACUGAGACUGAGUCCCACUUAAGCUACUUGGAUGAUCAGACACUCUUCAAAAUUGCAGUCAUAUGUCUACUCACAAUUGCAAAGCUUCGUGAAACCAAUUCUCCCCAACUGUCUACUUUAAUUGCAUUUACCUUGAGUAUUUACUCCCAGAUAAUUCAGAACAUCACAAAUCAUAUUCAGGAGGCUGUACUUAAUUAUCCCUUGCCUAAGGAAAGUAGACCCAUUAAAGGUCAUGGUAUUUUAAAGGAUUUAAUGAGUGGGGGCAAAAAGAAAUCCAACACCAAACUUCGGAGAAGAAAGGCAUUGAAGAUUGACAGUGAUGAAGACUCAGAUUUGAGUGACACUGAAAACAAUAUAGACUACAGCAGCUCGGAUGAUUCAUUUAUUUCGGAUGCUGAGGAUAUUCUGGUUGGGUCUUCCGAUGAGGAUGUUGACAUUAUAAAGGUGUCCGAUGAGUCUGUUAACGAAAAAUCUGUUCCACAUUUAGUGACAUCUAAAAAUGUGGCUAACGAAUCAGACGAAUCAAAGACCAAAGAUGGUGUUAUCAAAAAGGUUCAGAGGAUGAACGUUAACGACAUGCUUGAGAUAAUAGCAGAAGAGGGCUCGCUUCAAAGCAUCAAAAUUCUUAAUGAUUGGCUUAGACUUGACACGGAAGUUAUAAAAUUGUGCGGACUGAACACCAAGAGCCUAAUCCGGCAGAUAGUGUAUUUUAUCAACUUAAUUAAUAUUAAUCUUAACCAACAAAAGAUGAUUGGAGUCAACUUGAAAGUAUCGGAAAUAGUGAAAAAAGAUAACCAAAUUCCGCUUUCGGAAGAUGUGGUUCUGAAAGGUUUGGAUAUGUUCAAGGACACGCAGAAAGACUUUGACUGGGAGUACUUGUCCAGGAAAAAUAUCACCAGCAAAGAAGAGACUGUCAUAAGAAUGGUCAAACUUAUGUCGUUUGCCAGAGUUUUGCGCGGAGUGGAGGAAACCGAAGUUACGUUUGACGAAACCCUUAGUAUUCUGACAUGUAAAUCUGACAACUCUGUGGAAGAGAAUGGUACCACGGCGACUGCUAUAAUGGAAGAACUGGAGCGCCAGGAAGAAGAGAACGGCUCCGCAAAAUCGGUAAUCACAAAUGGGGAAACCAAGUUGGCUGGUGCAGGUGGUCAGAUCAGCAAAAUGAAACACAUGGGGCAGCUGUGGUUAGCAGCAGAAGUGAGAACCCUAGAGACGCGGGUCGGCGACAAGCCCUCCCUGUCACCCUAUCUGGUAUUGGACGCCGAUACUCUAAUCAAGUACACCUACAUGGUCAAGCAGUUGGUGUAUUCGAGGAAGUUUAUCGUCCUGAUCCCUGCCGCAGUGGUUUCCGCACUGGAUGACUUAAAGAAGGAGAAACUGGAGGCUCGAGACGCGAUCCGCUGGCUGGAAUCCCAGUUCCACCGGGGAAAUCGCUUUUUCAGAGCACAGCGUCAAUACGAACGGACACCCAUCCCGUUCAUCAAGUACCCAAAGAGGCGGGACAAAGAUAUGCACGCUUACAUUCAGAUCGUCGAGUGCUGCUAUUUCUUCGCGGAACAGCAGAAGGGGGCAUCGAACGUGGUCACUUUGCUAAUAGGCAACAGUGCCGUGUUGUCCAACGGAGAGAACAAGGAGUUUAGCUACGUCGGUUUGGCGCAGUCGGUCGGUAUCGCUAUAGAAUCGAUCGCCAGUUUUUACGGCAAAUGGAGAAAAAGUAAGGGGAACAGGUGAAUUGGAGGUUGGGAUAAACCGGAAUUCAGCUAUACGAGGGUUAAGAAAACGCGCGCCCCCCGAGGGGUCCCAACGCGGCGCAAAAACUAUUACUAAUGAGACGUCAUGGUAUUUUUUAUUGGCUCGGGCGUACAUUUUAAAAUAAUUAUUUCCAUGUAAUUGUGUAGUUGUGUUACUUUUCUUUUAAUAAAGAUCA